UUCAAAGAAGGGCACACGAAUUACAUCACGCUGCGCGUGGAGGAUAAAACGGAGGUCGCGGCUUACGCUCAGCGCUUUUCCCUGCAAAAGGGACUACUGGAGCAUCAUGCCGAGCCCCUGCGCACGGAGCAUAGGGAUACAGCUGAUCUUUGCCACGCGUAUGAUAAGCAGAAAUUGGUUCCUCUGAUUCUGCUCCGGACGAAUCUCUUAUCUCUGCUGCGGAUUUUUAUGAUGGGAAAGUGAGUUUUAGGGAAAUUUGAGAUCCGGCUCAGGCGUAAUUGCGCACAAGAAAGUGGCCUCCAGAAGCUCGUGUGUGCGCGCGCUCAUCUCACCGUUUGACAUGGAUCAGUCUCAUCAGUGCACAGCCGUCUAUCUGCUGAUGCUGUCGCUCGGCCUUUUAAUAGACAGAGGAAUUUGUCAGCACUACUACCUACUACGGCCCAUCCCGAGCGACAGCCUGCCACUUGUGGAAUUAAAAGAGGAUCCGGAUCCGGUCUUUGACCCCAAGGAGCGGGACCUUAACGAGACUGAGCUGAAAAGCAUCUUGGGAGACUUUGACAGUCGCUUUUUGUCCGUGCUGCCGCCCGUGGAGGACAAAUACGCAGGCAUCGAGGAAUCCGAUGACUUUGAGAGCCAAAAGGCGACCGGAAUUCUGCCCAAGGAGAUCCGAGCGCUGGAUUUCGACGUCCAGUUCGGCAAAAAGCACAAGCCCAGCAAGAAACUGAAGCGGCGGUUGCAGCAGUGGCUGUGGGCCUACUCCUUCUGUCCGGUGGCGUACACUUGGACCGACCUGGGGAGCAGAUUCUGGCCGCGGUUUGUGCGCGCAGGCAGCUGUCUGAGCAAAAGGUCGUGCUCGGUGCCGGAGGGGAUGGUGUGUAAACCCGCGAACUCAACCCACCUGACCAUACUGAGAUGGAGAUGCAUACAGAGGAAAGGAGGACUGAAAUGCGCCUGGAUCCCGGUUCAGUAUCCGGUCAUCACAGACUGCAAAUGCUCCUGCUCAAGUUAAAAGAUUAUUCUCUAAACUUAAAUUAUAAGCUCAGUAUUUUUAUAAUUAUUUUUCCACGUGCACUACGGAGUGUAUGAAUGUAUUUUCUGUAUAUGCGUUGCCAUGCAGUUUCUUUUUAUUGUUUUUUUUUUUUAUAUAAAUGGCUAUCUAUAAAACUCCUUGUACAAAGUCAGUAUUAUUGUAACCAGAGUCUACUUUAUUUGUGGAGAAUAUUGGUUAUAUAUUUUGUAUUUAUGGAGCUGUGGCGCAGAGCCACGUAAGGACUUACUGUUUCCAUAUCUGGAUGAAGCAGAUCGACCUCAGAGUUGAACAUUAAUUAUGGAUACAGACAUGUAUCAGUGACUUUUUAUCCUGUAAAUAAAGGAAAUGCAUUAUUUAUUCUUUA